AUGCAUUGCGUCGCCGCCGUUGAGGUGAAUGUUAGAUGCUCACCUUAGCGCUCUGCUUGUAGUUUUGUUUUAGAGAAUAAAGCGAACGUUUUUGGAAAAACACAAUCACUUCUUACAUUUCACUGAAGCGGGAAACACCGACAGGCCGCCAAGAUGCCGCGAAUUAUGAUCAAAGGAGGCGUCUGGCGCAACACGGAGGAUGAGAUCCUCAAGGCAGCGGUGAUGAAAUAUGGGAAAAACCAGUGGUCUCGUAUCGCCUCACUGCUGCACCGCAAGUCUGCCAAACAGUGUAAAGCUCGAUGGUAUGAGUGGUUGGAUCCCAGCAUCAAGAAGACAGAAUGGUCCAGAGAAGAGGAGGAGAAGCUGCUUCACUUGGCCAAGCUGAUGCCGACUCAGUGGAGAACCAUCGCUCCCAUCAUCGGACGGACUGCUGCCCAGUGUCUGGAGCACUACGAAUACCUGCUCGACAAAGCAGCACAAAGAGACAAUGAAGAGGAGGUGGGAGACGACCCCAGAAAGUUAAAACCAGGAGAAAUCGACCCAAAUCCUGAAACUAAACCAGCCAGACCCGACCCUGUGGACAUGGAUGAAGAUGAGCUGGAGAUGCUGUCUGAGGCCAGGGCUCGUCUGGCCAACACCCAGGGAAAGAAAGCCAAGAGGAAGGCCAGAGAGAAGCAGCUGGAGGAAGCCAGGCGGCUGGCUGCUCUGCAGAAACGCAGAGAGCUGAGAGCGGCAGGAAUCGAUGUGCAGAAGAAGAGGAAGAAGAAGAGAGGAGUCGACUACAACGCUGAAAUCCCCUUCGAAAAGAAACCUGCACCGGGUUUCUAUGACACCAGCAUGGAGCAGUAUGAUGCUCUGGAGCCAAACUUCAAACGGCUCCGACAGCAGCACCUGGAUGGAGAAUUACGCAAUGAGCGCGAGGAGAGGGAGAGGAAGAAAGACAAGCAGAAGAUCAAGAAGAAGAAAGAAAGCGACCUGCCGUCUGCCAUCCUGCAGACCAGCGGAGUCGCCGAGUUCACCAAGAAACGCUCCAAGCUGGUCUUACCUGCACCUCAGAUCAGUGAUGCUGAGUUGGAGGAAGUCGUCAAACUGGGCGUCGCCAGUGAAGUCGCCCGUCAGGCUGCUGAGGAGAGUGAAAGUGGAAACUCGGCCUCCUCGACCCUCCUGUCGGAGUACAGCGUCACCAACACCAUGACGACAGGACUACGAACCCCACGAACCCCCGCUGCACAGGACCGGAUACUGCAGGAAGCCCAGAACCUGAUGGCUCUGACCAAUAUCGACACGCCUCUGAAAGGAGGCCUGAACACGCCGCUGCACGAGAGCGACUUCAGCGGAGUGACGCCUCAACGGCAGCAGAUUCAGACGCCCAACACCGUCCUCAGUACACCGUUCAGAACUCCUGGACCCGGUCAAGGCUCAGAGGGAAUGACGCCUCAGGCUGGAGGUGCGAUGACCCCACGAGGGGCCGCGACCCCCGGUUUGACCCCCGGUCGCACACCGCUGAGAGACAAACUGAAUAUCAACAGCGAGGAGCAGCUGACCGACCCAGCAUACGGAAAACAUGUGCAAAGAGAAAGUCUGCAGCAGCUGAGGCAGGGCCUGAUGUCACUUCCUGUUCCUAAGAACGACUUUGAGAUCGUUCUUCCGGAGAAUGCGGAGAAGGAACUCGAAGAAACAGAGACGGAGACGGGAUUCGUAGAGGACUCAGCCGACAUCGAGGCUCGCAAGCAGGCUCAGCGGGAUGCGGAAAGAGAGAAGGAGCUGAAGCUGAGACACACUGCUGUUCAGAGGAGUUUACCCAGACCUACUGAGGUGAAUGAAUCGGUGCUGCGUCCGGCCUCCAUGGAGCCGCUGUCCGACCUGCAGCUGGCCGAGGAGCUCAUCAAGCAGGAGAUGAUCACGAUGCUGCACCACGACUGUCUGCACCAUCCGUCGUCCAGCUCGGCCAAUCAGCUGCAGCGAGGCAAGAACAGAGGCCCCGCCUCCACGUCCAACAACGCGUCGCACAUCGCCUACCUAGAGACGCACACCUACAAGCCGGUCAGCACCGAGGACAUGGAGCAGGCGAAGGCUCUGCUGGCGUUAGAGAUGGAGGUGGUGAAGGCAGGAAUGGGCCACGGCGACCUGAGCAUGGAGGCCUACAGCCAGGUGUGGGAGGAGUGUUACGGACAGGUGUUGUAUCUACCUGGUCAGAACAGGUACACCAGAGCAAACCUGGCAUCAAAGAAAGAUCGAAUCGAGAGCCUGGAGAAGAAGCUGGAGGUGAAUCGAGGUCACAUGACGGCUGAAGCUCGACGAGCAGCGAAACUGGAGAAGAAGCUGAAGAUCCUGCUGGGAGGGUUUCAGUCCAGAGCUCUGGGACUCCUGAAGCAGCACAACGAGCUCUGGGAACAGGUGGAGCAGGCGGCCACAGAGCUGCAGACCUUCAAUCAGCUCAAGAAACAGGAAGACACAGCAAUUCCCCGCAGACAAGAGGCUCUUCGGGAGGACGUGGAGAGGCAGAUGGAGAGAGAGAGGGAGCUCCAGCAGAGAUAUGGAGAGCUGCUGAUGGAGAGAGAAACGCUGAUCAACAGCGCUCAGAAAUACUGACGACACGCUAACAACACGUUAUUCAUUCAUUCAAACACUCGUCAGAAAAACAAACAUUUCUCUGUCUUCGUGUGAACCUUUUAUCACAGCAGACGUCUGAACUUCUGCUUGGAAAAAGGUGGUUUUGAAUCCUCCUGAUUAUUCCACAGAUUAAGCCCCGCCUCCUCAGUCUGAGUAUGCUCAGUCGGACCCUUGUGUUUCUGUAUUAGUGACCAAUAAAGUUUCUUUUCAACGACGA